AGCCCUCCCUCCUCCCUGGGGCCGGCCCGAGCUGCCGGGCCCGCUCUACCUCCUCCCCCCGCUGCUGCCGACGUGGCGGGGCGGGGAAGGGAAGGAGCCGGGGGCGCGCCGGUCGGGGCACUGCUGAGCGAACUGAAAAUGUCUGAAGACAUAGCUGAUGGCACCCCAUCUGAAGAAAAACCUGAAGUAAUGGAGAUGCCCAGUAAUGAGGUAUUGCCUCAUGAAUCAGUACCACACCUCGUAGAAGCUGAGAUCUUGCAUGAGUCUUCACAAGAUCAACAUGGACAGGUCACUCAGAAUGUUAGUAAUGGAGAGGAAGGAGACACAGUCAUUAAUGAAAACCCUUUGACUGAAAAACUCGUUGAAAGCCUGCCUUCCAGCCUGCCUUCCAGCCUGCCUUCCAACGUGCCUUCCAGCGAAGAUACAAUUGAAGACACGCCCACCGAGUGCAUUGAAACUGUAAACCUUGAUGCAGAACCUGAAUUGGAAGAAACACUGCAUGAGCAAAGCAAUCCAGCUGCAGACUCCUCAUCUAAAGCAAGCAGAUGGGGAGCUUGGGGUACCUGGGGAAAGUCUCUCCUGUCAUCAGCUUCUGCCACAGUGGGUCAUGGGAUAACAGCAGUAAAGGAAAAAGCAGGAACUACCCUAAGAAUUCAUAGUGGAAGUUCAGCAUCUCUGGAAACAGCAGAGCCUCCUGCAGCUGAAACACCAGUUACUCAAGCAGAAGAUUCUCUGGCCCAAAGCUCUUCUGAGAAUAUUCCUUCUUCUCCUUCAUCUGGAUCUCGUGGCAUGCUGUCAGCUAUCACUAGUGCUGUACAAAACACAGGGAAAAGUGUAUUAUCUGGAGGCUUAGAUGCUUUGGAAUUUAUUGGGAAGACAACCAUGAAUGUCCUUGCAGAAAGUGAUCCUGGAUUUAAGAGAACCAAAACACUCAUGGCAAGAACAGUCUCACUAUCUCAGCUGUUGCGAGAAGCCAAAGAAAAAGAGAAACAGAGGCGGGCCCAGCAAGUUACAGUAGAAAGAACAGCACAUUAUGGACUACUUUUUGAUGAAUUCCAAGGUUUGUCUCAUCUUGAAGCUCUGGAAAUCCUGUCAAAUGAAAGUGAAGCUCAGAUUCAGUCACAUUUAGCAACACUUGAUGGAGAACAGUUGGAGACUGUGAAAAAUGAUUUAAUUGCUAUAAAAGAGAUCUUUGUUCCAAAGGAAUUAGAUGAAGAAGUGGUACAGGCACAAAAAGCAGAUACAGGAGAAGAGUUUGUCAGCAUGCUCACAGAACUGCUGUUUGAAUUGCAUGUUGCUGCAACUCCUGACAAGCUAAAUAAGGCUAGGAAAAAGGCUCAUGAAUGGCUGGAAGAAGCCAGUUUGUCCACCCCAGUAGACAUAGAAGAGGAGCUAAAUGAAAAACCUGAAGAACCUGCUGAAGAAAAGACUCAAAAAGACAAUAAAAUUGAGAGUGAUAAAACAGGAGUAGAAAAAAGCAAAACUGUGGAGGAAAUCUACAUGCUGUCCAUUGAAAGUCUGGCUGAGGUAACUGCUCGUUGUAUUGAACAGCUUCAUAAAGUAGCAGAAUUAAUUCUACAUGGGCAGGAAGUAGAAAAAACAGCUCAAGAUCAAGCAAAAGUACUGACAAAUUUAACAAGUGCCAUGUGCAAUGAAGUUGCAUCUUUAUCAAAGAAGUUUUCUGAUUCUGUAACAGCAGCUGGGAGCAAUAUGAAGGCAGAGGUUCUUAACCCCAUCAUCAACAGUGUGCUAUUAGAGGGCUGCAACAGUACUACUUAUAUUCAGGAUGCUUUCCAGUUACUGCUUCCAGUUCUGCAGAUUUCCCAUAUCCAGACCAGUUGUUCAAAAGCCCAGGAGCUGUCAGCUUGAGAGCAACCACAGACCUGAAGUCUUGAGCUAUGCCAAGAGAAGAGCUGGUACAAGAGAUGUCUGGCCACUAGAGUUCUUUGAAGACACUAAAUGCGGUUUUGCACACACAGUACUGAACAUUUCAAAACUUUUUCAGACUUUAAGACUUUAGAAGUAGUUAGUAAAGUGAGGAAUUUCUUUUCCAGUGCAGUUCAUGCUUUGCAUUAAUUUAAACAGAAGUUUCUUGAUAUUAGCAUUGACUUAAAUACGGAUCCUAAAUGUUGACCCUUUCAGUUGUAAACAAUGUAUGAAACAAAUUGGAAAGUAAAGUUUCUUAAAACAUUUCA